AUGCCAGCCAUAGCCAUGGUGUCGUCCAAAUUCGAAUCUCUCUCCGUGCGCCCUCCGACUCCACCCAAAGACCAAGAAGACACAGCCGCCGACGAGACGGUGCAAUUCCUCCAAGACCCCUUUGGCGAGAAGCCAAUCCCGCCCAGGCUCCGAGCCGCGAAGAGAGUGCCCAACACGCCAGAGCAAUCGCCGUCGUCCGACAUCGACAUCCCCUCGAGUUCUGCGAGCGCACGGAAGAGAGUCAACUUCGAGCUGCAGCUAUGCGACAUACCCACCACCAAGGCAGUUGCGCAGUCCUGGACACCCACGCGUAGCUCACCGCUGAAGCCCCUCCCCCAGAACCGCCUCACCAAGCCGCUCAAAUCGAUCCUGAAGCCUUCCGACGGCACGCAAACACCUCCCGCAGAAGACGCUGCCAACCCGCUCAACUACAAGUCAUUCGCCGAGAUGCUGGACGCGAUAGUGAAGCUGCUCGCUUCUUCCGAGCGCGGAACUCGGUUAGAUGCAUACGGUUCUUUGCAGAGGACGAUGCAGGCAUACGACAAGAUACCCGACCCCCAGGCGCUGAAGCAGAAGAUGUCUCUGUUGACCCAGUUCAUACGACGCGACAUAACAGCUCCAGGCUUGGGUGGGACAGGGCUGGACUCACAGCUCAUUGGACAGGCGAUGAAGCUGCUCAUGGCCCUCUUCCGCAUCACCGACCUGAUAUCCGCCAUGGACGAAGACUUCUGCUCCUUCAUCAUCGACCGCAUCAUCCGCGUAGCUUCCGAUAGCUCCAUGCCCAAGACCACCGUCAACACACACCUGGCUGUCCUGAUGCAGCAAAGUUUCCGGCCCAAGACGAUGACUGCGACACGCGUCGAGAAGGUGCUCGAGACACUAGACACCAUCCACGAGCGAACAUCGGGCCACGCGGUACAGGCAUACAGGGUCCGGAUAUACAGGAAGCUGCUUCAGCAACGCCCGGACGUUAUGAUCAGGCAUACCGAACGAUGGUUCACGCAUACUCUCAAAGCUCUGGUUUCGGUCCAGAAGGAUAUCAGCCAGAGCGCACUGGACACUGCAGUAACGGCUGCGAAGAACAUUGGCCAUGACCGACAUGUCGCCAAAUCCGUCUUGUCUGUUCUGAACCGGGUUAAGAGCGACGGCGGCACAAUUGCUAGCGUUUUCGCAGCUGAACUGGAUCGUAUGCUCGGUGGUGAUUACGCCGUCUUGGUGCCACAGAUCGUGGCUGCUGUCACGGGUCUACUCAAAGACUCGCUUGACGCGUUUGCAGGCUUGAAGGAAUGGCUCGUCCUCAUUAACAAGUGCCUGUCAUCGGACAGCGACCAAGUCCGGUUAUACUCCAAUGUCGCCGUUGCCUUCCUGGCAUACUCUGUUAACUUUAUGAACUUACCCGAAGAAAAGAAAGUCAAAGCCUGGUCGGGGAUGUUCGUUAAAAUCUCAGUACAUGCACUGCAACGGAAGACCCCAGUAAAGAAAGCCGAGCGCGAUGCUGUUUCAUCCGCAUACUUCACAAUGCUGUAUUAUGCGUUUCGACCAGCAGCCUCUUUUGAACAAUUUGACGGACAUUGGACUGACUUCAUAGCUGGCCUCUGGAGUCCAAUAAUCGCAAAGUCUGCUCCGCAGCACGCCAUACCAUGUCGAAUUGUGUCUGCUCUCUUGGAUGGCUCUCGGAAACCUUGGAACGAGAAUCGGGCGCUAGAUCUUCGGCCACAUGCCAUGAUCCAGCGAGGCGAGCUACCUCUAGUCGAUCCUAAGUGGGUACGGAAGUCGAUUGCUCUUGUACUAGAGUUUGUGGAGAAUAUUCUAGAGGCUGCACUCAAGACCGAAAGCAAAGAGCACGAAGAUGAACCGUUUCAGACGAUGUGGACAGCAGUCAUCAACUCUUUGGUGGAAGCAAGCAGCAAGGAGAUCAUGGCGUCCACAGAAACCAAAGAUGCCAUGGCACAUAUCAUCAACCUGCUGCGUCGGAUCUGGGACAGCCACACGGACAACAUUGCGGUAGAACAGAAGAGGGAGGAUCUUUGGGCAACCAAGUUCUGCUUCCUGAUAGAGACUGUUGUGCAGAAGAUGGGCGCUUUUCAGUUCGCAGACAAAUGUCUCACACGCAAUGCCGACAACGAGAUCGAAGUCGCAUCGACACCGUCGCAUCGAUCACGGCAUCAAGGCACCCGAUCGUCCCCACUCCUCUUCCUGCUGGAUCUUCUCGUCACACAGUCAGAAGGAAAGCUAGCUGAUCCUGUUCGCCUCCGCGCAAUGGACGUGAUCAUCGAGCCCUGUUUUGCUGCUCAAAACACUCGGUUGAGCAAGUUGGAGCUUCUUCGGGACUGUGCCGCAACGGUGGAUGGCUCGCUGAAGGGUGCAGUGGCAUCAGAGUUCUGGACGCGGAUUGUGACCUUGCUCGAUACCAUGUUGCAAGAUCAAGCAGCCCCUUCAGGUGACCGCAGCGCUCGCUCAUUGGGCAAAGAGUACGAGAUUGUGGUCGAAAUCCUCAGUCUGGGUUCAGCCUACUUGCUAGACAAGCCCGUCGGGCAUCAGAUUUUGUCGACUUUGGUCGGUACCGUCCGACGGGAAGCAGGAGAAGGUGCACUUGCACUCGCUGUGAUCGAGAAGGUCUCUGAGCAAGUCCUGAAGCGCACACCUGACGAAGACAAAGCUUCCUGUCUGGCAUAUGCCAGCAUUCUUCUCCGCAACCUACCAAAGCAGAUGAGCCGCAAAGUGAUGGAUCAAGGUCGGCAGAAUCUCUGGCCUUCGAACACAGCUGCAAGAUCCCAUGAUAUCGACCCUUAUGUUCAUCUUUACGGAGCCAUCACUUCCGUUGGGUCAGCCGCUUACAGGAAUCUUGACAAAGACGAUGUAGAGUCUACCAAAGGCUUUCUUUCUGCGCUCAGCACUUCGGUCCAACACUGCUCGACGUCUCAUCUCGCUGGGUAUCUACGCAAGAUACAAGAUGCGAUCCAGGUUUGGGUGGAAGAUCCGGAGAAGAAGAUGCAGAGCAAGGAAGAGCCACUCAAGAGCUUGCAUCGUGAGGUACAUUAA